AUGGAGGCUCAACAGUCCAAGACCAAAGAAGAAGCUGUGGAUGCAGAGCUUGCUAAAGCCAUAAUGGCUCGGUGUUUCCACCCUUCUUUGAUUGGUCCAGAAGCCUGGGAGGGAUACGUCUUUUCUGAUAUGGAGAUCCGUAUCAAAGAGUCCGUAGACCUCUAUGGAGCAGUACUCUGGCCCUCGGCGAUGGUGUUGUGUCAUUUCUUAGAGGCCAACCGAGACAAACACAACCUGACGGACAAAAAUGUGAUUGAACUUGGUGCUGGAACUGGGCUCGUCUCCAUCGUGUCCAGUCUGUUAGGUGCUAAGGUGACCUCCACUGACCUGCCGGAUUUGUUGGGGAACCUUCAGUACAAUGUCAUGCGCAACACCAAGGGCCGUUGCAAGUACAUCCCUCUGGUCACAGAGCUCAUCUGGGGUCAGGAAGUUGAGCAGCGAUUCCCGCGUGCCACGCAUUGUUUCGACUACAUCCUGGCAGCUGACGUGGUGUACGCCCAUCCUUACCUGGAGGAACUGAUGGACACCUUUGACCACCUGUGCCAGGAAAACACACAGAUCCUGUGGGCCAUGCGCUUUCGUCUGGACCCAGAAAACAGCUUUGUCGACCGCUUUCGGCAGCACUUCCACCUGGAGGAGCUGUACGACCUCCCAAGUCUGAGUAUCAAACUGUACCGAGCCUGGAGGAAGGACAAGAGGACUAAAGACCAGGGAGGGGCUGCGGCCUGA